CUGGGUGUCUGCAGCCGGACUGCUGCCGGCAUCGUCCGUGACAGCCCGUCCUGACUCAGCCGAGGGCCCGGCUCUGCGCUCGGCCUGCGGGAGCCCGGCCGCCCGCAGCCGGCGCGCCUCCUCCACCUGCGGGCUCGCAGCCCCGAACCACCUGCUGGACUCGGCCCCUGGACGCCGAUGCUAGGGGACUCCGCGGGCCCGGGGCGGUGGCGGCCGAGUGCGGGCCUCGGGCGCCCCAGCCUCGCCGCUCCUGCCCGGGCGUAGAUGGAUCCUCCUGCCCGAUAGAUGUGGCUGCUGAGGCGGUGGUGGCGGUGGCCAGUCCAGCUCUCUUCGGGCCUGUCUCGGGGCUUCCGCCGCUCGCGGCUUCUCCUCACCUCGACUCUGGCCUUGCCCCGUGGCCACCAUGGACAAGAUCCUGGAGGGCCUGGUGAGCUCCUCGCACCCGCUGCCCCUCAAGAGGGUGAUUGUGCGCAAGGUGGUGGAGUCGGCCGAGCACUGGCUCGACCAGGCGCAGUGCGAGGCCAUGUUUGACCUGACCACUAGGCUCAUCCUGGAGGGCCAGGAUCCCUUCCAGCGGCAGGUGGGACACCAGGUGCUCGAGGCCUAUGCGCGCUACCACCGGCCGGAGUUCGAGGCCUUCUUCAACAAGACCUUCGUGCUGAGCCUGCUUCAGCAGGGCUACCACUCGCUGGACAGGAAGGACGUGGCCAUCCUGGACUACAUUCACAACGGCCUGAAGCUGAUCAUGAGCUGCCCGUCGGUGCUAGACCUCUUCAGCCUGCUGCAGGUGGAGGUGUUGCGGAUGGUCUGCGAGAGGCCCGAGCCGCCGCUCUGCGCCCGGCUGAGUGACCUUCUGACCGACUUUGUGCAGUGCAUCCCCAAAGGGAAGCUGUCCAUCACGUUCUGUCAGCAGCUGGUUCGCACCAUAGGCCACUUCCAGUGCGCGUCUAGCCAGGAAAAGGAGCUACGGGAGUAUGUCUCCCAGGUGACCAAAGUUAGCAACUUGCUGCAGAACAUCUGGAAGGCUGAGCCCUCCACACUGCUGCCUUCCCUGCAAGAAAUUUUUGCAAGCAUUUCUUCCACAGAGGCAUCAUUUGAGCCGUCUGUGGCGCUGGCAAGUCUCGUGCAGCACAUUCCUCUGCAGAUGAUCACGGUUCUCAUCAGGAGUCUGACUGCAGAUCCAAACGUGAAGGACGCCAGCAUGACCCGAGCUCUUUGCAGAAUGAUUGACUGGCUCUCCUGGCCAUUGGCUCAACAUGUGGAUACGUGGGUAAUAGCACUCCUGAAAGGACUGGCAGCAGUUCAGAAGUUUACUAUUUUGAUAGAUGUCACUUUGCUGAAAAUAGAACUGGUUUUUAAUCGACUUUGGUUUCCGCUUGUGAGACCUGGUGCUCUUGCAGUUCUUUCUCACAUGCUGCUUAGUUUUCAGCAUUCUCCGGAGGCAUUUCACUUGGUUGUUCCUCAUGUGGUUAAUUUAGUUCACUCUUUCAAAAGUAAUGGCCUGCCUUCUAGUACAGCCUUCUUAUUACAGUUAACUGAAUUAAUACACUGUAUGAUGUAUCAUUAUUCUGGAUUUCCAGAUCUCUAUGAACCUAUUCUGGAGGCCAUAAAGGACUUUCCUAAGCCCAGUGAAGAGAAGAUUAAGUUGAUUCUCAAUCAAAGUGCUUGGACUUCUCAAUCUAAUUCUCUGGCAUCUUGCUUGUCUAGACUUUCUGGAAAAUCUGAAACUGGAAAGACUGGUCUUAUUAACUUAGGAAACACGUGUUAUAUGAAUAGUGUUAUACAAGCAUUGUUUAUGGCCACAGAUUUCAGGAGACAAGUAUUAUCUUUAAAUCUAAAUGGGUGUAAUUCACUAAUGAAAAAAUUACAGCAUCUUUUUGCUUUUUUGGCUCAUACACAGAGGGAAGCAUAUGCACCUCGGAUAUUCUUUGAGGCCUCCAGACCUCCGUGGUUUACUCCCAGGUCACAGCAAGACUGUUCUGAAUACCUCAGGUUUCUGUUAGACAGGCUCCAUGAAGAGGAAAAGUUACUGAAAGUUCAGUCUUUGCACAAGUCUUCUGAAAGCCUCGGGUGCAGUGAAAAGUCUCUACAGGAAGUAGUCAGUAAAGCAGCUGCACUAACAGAAACCCCCUGCACAAGUGAUAGUGAUAAGACUUUAAUAGAAAAAAUGUUUGGAGGAAAGCUACAAACUCACAUACGUUGUUUGAACUGCAGGAGUACCUCACAAAAAGUAGAAGCCUUUACAGAUCUUUCCCUUGCCUUUUGUCCUUCCUCUGCUGUGGAGAACUUGUCUUUCCAAGACCCAGCGUCAUCGCCCAACAUGCAUGAUGAUGGCCUGCUCCAAACCAUUGUGUCUGGUCCUUCAAAGGAAUCAGUGGUGUAUAAUCCAGCAACAGCUGCCUUUGUCCAUGAUACAGUUGUGGAUGAAAGAACAAUACACAGUCUUCCUGAUGAGUUUCACUGUGCUGACAGCACUUCUGUACCUAAUGAAUCUAACAGGAUUCUUGCUAAUAAAGAUGUACCUCAAAAAUCAGGAGGUGAAAUCACACCUUCAGUGACUGACUUACUAAAUUAUUUUUUGGCUCCAGAGAUUCUUACUGAUGACAACCAAUAUUAUUGUGAAAACUGUGCCUCUCUGCAGAAUGCUGAAAAAACUAUGCAAAUCACGGAGGAACCUGAAUACCUUAUUCUUACUCUCCUGAGAUUUUCGUAUGAUCAGAAGUAUCACGUGAGAAGAAAAAUUUUAGACAAUGUGUCACUGCCACUGGUUUUGGAGUUGCCAGUUAAAAGAACUACUACUUUCUCUUCAUUGUCAGAAAGUUGGUCUGUAGAUGUUGACUUCACUGAUAUUAGUGAGAACCUAGCUAAGAAAUUAAAGCCUUCUGGAACUGAAGAGACUUGCUGCCCCAAAUUGGUGCCCUAUCUGUUAAGCUCUGUUGUUGUUCACUCUGGUGUGUCCUCUGAAAGUGGGCAUUACUAUUCUUAUGCCAGAAACAUCACAGGUACAGAGCCCUCCUACCAGAUGUGCCACCAGUCUGAAACUCUGGCUUUAGCCUCCUCCCAGAAUCAUUUACUAGGGAGAGAGAGUCCCAGUGCAAUCUUUGAACAGGAUUUGGAAAGUAAAGAAAUGUCAAAAGAAUGGUUUUUAUUUAAUGACAGCAGAGUGACAUUUACUUCAUUUCAGUCAGUCCAGAAAAUCACAAGUAGGUUUCCAAAGGACACAGCAUAUGUACUUUUGUAUAAAAAACAGAAUAGCACUAAUGGUUUAAGUGGUAGUAAUCCAGCCAGUGGACUCGGGGUAAAUGGAGAUCCGCCUCUACAGAAGGAACUUAUGGAUGCUAUAACAAAAGACAAUAAACUAUAUUUGCAGGAACAAGAGUUGAAUGCUCGAGCACGGGCCCUACAAGCUGCAUCUGCCUCCUGUUCUUUUCGGCCCAAUGGAUUUGAUGACAAUGACCCCCCAGGAAGCUGUGGACCCACUGGUGGAGGGGGAGGAGGAGGAUUUAAUACAGUGGGCCGACUCGUAUUUUGAUGCUAAGAGAGUCCAAAAUGCAUUGAUCACAAAAUAUCCAAUACUAUGACUGUUAAAAUGUCAUACUGUAACAAAUAUCAUAUCUUUAUUUUUUCUUUUCAUUAGACCCUUAUAAUUUAAGAAAACACACUCAGUGCUUGUUUUUAUUUUCUAAUACAUUUAUCAACAAAGUGCAUCAUGGGGAAAAAAAUCUACCUCUUAAAAUUCCACUUGCUUCUAUGGUUAGAUAUGCUUGACCAAAAAUUGUUUGGAGUAAAAUAUGUACCUAGUCUAAUUAAGCUGCAUUAAAUCUGGUAGAAGCAUUUUAAAUGGUCUACUCUCAGUUUUACUGAACAAAAUAUGUAAUUGAUCUAGCAUUCUUUAUUAAAAAAAAUUGAUAGUAGAGGUAAGGAAAAAUUUUCUAAAAGAAAUUUAUUUCCAGUGUAGUUAUCCCAUAUUCAAAUUUUUGAAAAUACUGGAGAUGACACAUUCUCUAAUGAAGGCAAUAAUUUUAACAUAAAAUUUAUCAAGCAGUAAUACUUUCAGGUUUUUGUUUAGUACUAUCUUAAGCAUCACUGUAUCUACAUUACAAGUACAAAUGCUAAAAAGGAUUAUUUAUACAAAUAUGUUGAAUGAAUUGAUUUUAAGAAAGGUGCAUGAUUCUGUAGGAGCAAUGUUUUUACGUAAAAAUUGCUAACUGUAGUAUUUCUAAUUGUUCAAAGAUUUUAAAAUUCUAUUUCAGGGAGUAUAUCUUGUGUGUGUUUUGAAGGAGGUGAGUUCUGUAUGUGCCUUGUAGUACUGUAAUUUAAAAAUAGAAAUAUUUGGCUGCAGAAACUUUUUUUUUAUGAAAUGUUAGGAAGUAAAAUUUUGUGCUAACAUUAAAAUUAUAACUUUUGAAAGGUAUUAGAUUUUCCAAAAGUAAAAUAUGAUGGUUCUAAAUCAAUAAGUGUGAUAGUUUGUUUUUAACUCUUAGAACAAAUUCAGAGGAAAUGAACCUAGUUAAGUAAAAAAUCAUUUUUGAUUUUAUUACUUAAUGCUCAGAAUAUUAAGCAUUGAGUGAAUAUGUUCAGAGUUCCAUAUUUGGGGGUUUUGUUUCUCUGAGUCGUGUAUUUUACAUAAUUGUUUCUCUUUCCUAGAUUUAGAUAAAGUGUUAAAAUGCUAGAGUUUUCUUUUACCAGGAAACUGGGAACACAUCAGUUCAGUUCACAUGGGUCUUGAUUAUGUAGCACAAGAGUUAUCCCAACUGCCCACUUUCCUAAAGAUUUCAACUUAUCCAUGGAUGUUCAUUGUUCGGAAGAGUGGUCUCAUUUAUUUUGAAAACAUUUUAAGGAAAGAAUGUUCUUUGGUGAUUUGGAAUUUAUUUUUUUCCCAAGCUUUUAUGGCAGUGGUUAAAAACAGAACUCCCACCUUCAUUCCACUGCCUGCUACUUGUAACCUAUGUUCAGUCACCAGGAAGAUUAGAAAGUGAAUUGAAUUGAAAACUGAAAAUUCCUUUCAAAAUUAACUAAGAAUCCUCUUCCCUAUAAAUGAAUGAAGCAGAAGAACUUUUAUCAUUUGUUCCUAUGAGCUUUCUCUUGUCCUAGCAGUAUAAGAUAUGCUUUAUAAUUAGUUAUCCAUGGAUCAAAUAGUGAUUUAUCAGGUUAUAUCCAUCCUAGCAUGUAUUAAAAUUGGUGCUCUCAUUUCAUGCUUGGUAGAUAUUGGGCCAAGAUACUUUUAGGAACCUUCAUAAAGACAGUUUGAUUUACACAGUCUUAUAUAUAAAUGUUUUUCAUAGUUUGUGUGUGUCAUAUUGUAUGUUAAAUUUUCAGAAUGACAAUGAAAUAUGAAAUUCUGAUGCUAUUCAAAUUAUAAUGUGAUACCUAUAUUUAAAAACCUUGAUGUUCCUUAUAAAAUUUAAAAAUGAGAAGAAUUUUAUAUACUAAGUUAUCAUAUUGGUCUAUCAGGCAUAUUUCUGAUAAUUAAACUUCAGUACCUCAUUUACCAGAUUUGAAAAAAAAUUACAACCAAAAUAAUAAGCUUCAUUCAAAACCCCAUCCAACUGAAUUUUUGAAUAACUCUUUUGCUCUAAUGCUAACAGUCCUGUGACUUAAUUUCAACUCUGUUUGUUAGGCCUUUUAUUUCUCCUGUAUUUCUAACUCUACUGUUUACCUCUGACAAAUGUUUUUAUGAAAUCUGUGAGGGCUAACUAGUACAUUGCUGCCAUUCCUCUCUAGCUCCAUCCAAGAUUAUCAGUUUAAAUGAAGUAGUGUGUUGCUGCUGAAAGCAGUGCAUUAGGUUCCACUACUAACAGAAAUGAGUAAAUGGAUAUUUGAGUAUUUUCCUUUCAAAAAUACUUGUUGACACAAUGAGAAAAGUAGAAUUUUUUUCCAGAGAAAUGUGAAGAAGGAAAUGUAUGUUGUGUGGUCAUGUAAACCUGGGCAAAGUGUCUGGUAACAGGUGGCCCUUCAGCUUUGGUUCAUGAUAUUUACAUAGCUCAGCAAAUGGGAAGAAUUAUUCACUGCCUUUCUAGCUCAGUAAUCAGAGAGGCAGGUAGUGUAGAAAGAGGGAUUCCUGACUCCGGACUCCAUAUUUUCAAAUAUCAGAACUUUGGCUAUAAAGAUCCCUAAUGAAGCAUAGAGGUAUUGGGAAUUCUUGUGGAAGAUGUAAAGAGCCAAUAAUAUUAAUUUACAAUUCAGAGAACAAAAAUAUUUCAAAACUAUCUCUGUAAAGUUCAACUUUCUAAUGUUCUUUGCUCCUUUGGUUUAUUUUGAUAUACCAUCUCUUUUAAGCUAUCUUCUGAUAAGACAAGAUUGGCAGCUUAUUGUGUGCCCAGCUUAGUUUAAGAAAACAAAAUUGGCAUACAGUAAUUAUUGAAAAUCACCAUUUUGAUGUUAUGUACUUUGCUUCAGAUCUUAAUUCUCAUAUCACUUUGUAUUACUGAUUAGUUUAUGUAACAUACUAAACACAAUGCUUUUGAGUUAAGUACUUCACAUACUAUAAUUCCUAUAGGUUUUAUAUAAUACUUUAUUUAUAAAAUACUAUGAUUUAUAUAUACUUUCACCAGCUAUGUUUUUUUAAUGAGUUGAGAUUUCUAAAAUUAACUAGUAAAGUAGAAAGGAGUAAGUUAGCUCAUAUUUUACAAAAA